AAAAUAAUGUUAUAAAUUAUUCUAGUCAAGAUUUAUAAAAAUGAAAGGAUAUGUUUUUUUGAUAUCUUAUCUACUAGUGAUAUUAAGCAUAAAUGCAAUCCAUGUUAAUGCUGAAUCAAUGUUAAAUUGGAUUUGGGGUAAGAAAGAAGAAUCAGCAUUGUUAUUAGAUGAUGGAAUUCCAUUAGUUUCUAUUCCUUAUGAAUUGUUGACUGAAGAUGAAAAAUUUCUCAAAGAAGCAUCGAAGCUGAUUACGGAUAUACAGAUUUCUUCGCCAUUAGAAAUAUGUCAACAUAAAGUUGUAUUAAAAAUUAAAAGUGCUUGCACAAGUAUGACAGAAGAACAACUUGCUAAACUCAGUGUUAAUCUACUUAAUUGUCAAUCUGCAGCUGAAGGCAGAAAACUUUUUCCUUGCACAGACAAAAUGACUAUAAAAGAGUGUACUAUAGAAAUGGAUUCUGAUACAUGGAAUUCUUAUCACUUAAUAAGUAAUCGAGCAAGAGCUGUCUGUUAUUCAGCCAGAAGCUAUCAAUUUCGUGCUCUUGUAGAAAUAACAGUUAAUAAAUUAAUGCAAUCUGCUCAUACACAAAUUAAAACUUUAGCAUCAUUAAAGGAAAGCCAAGAUUAUUUGGAAAAACAAACAGUUGCUGCCCAUAAAAUUAUAAAAUUAAAUAUGCAAGAUCUUACCAAUGAAAAAGCUUUAAUUCGUACUGGUCAUAGUCAACUUGCUACAAUGACUGAAGAUAUAAAAAUGAAAUUAGAAAAGGCAAAUCAAGAUUUUAUUCAACAAGCUGCUCAUCGCAGUGAAUAUCAUCAGGAAAUCUUAACAGAUUUAAAAGAUAUUCAAAUUCAAGUACAACUCUUGUGGCAAAACAUAGAAAAUAGUACAAAUCAUAUAAUUAAACAAAAUUAUGAAACAAUUAUACAAUAUGAAAAAACUUUAACGAAAAUUAAAAAAAUUAAUCAAACUAUUGUUUUUAUUUGGAAUCUUACAAACAUUGUGCAAAGUGAAAUUGACGAAAGAUUAGAAUGGAUUACUGAAUAUAUUGGAACAGCGGGAGAGAAUGUCGAUAAAAUCUAUCGCAUUUCAUUGCAUGUAGUAUAUUUAUUUGCAACAAUGAUUAUUGCCACAUUUCUUCAAGCACCAUUUUUAACAAGAACAGCAAUUUUAGGAUUAAUUCCAAUAAAUUUUAUUUCUUACUUAAAACAUGGAUUAAGUGCUAGUAUUGAUUUUAUAUCUUUGACAUUUUUAUUAUUAUUUAUUACUGCAAUACAUUAUCUAUUUAGUGGAAUUCAAUAUUUAUUACGGUUAAAAAAUAAAAUUAUUAAAACAAAUUCAAAAUUAUAUGGUAUUUCACUUUUGAAUAACAAGCAAAUGUUUGUUGAAAGUAUGAAAAAAAAUCAUCGAUUUAAAUAUCAAGAGCAUAAGCUAUCAUCAAGAUUAAAUAUUUUACAGCUUGCUGUAAAUCUGUGGUGCUACAUACAUCAACACAUUUUUAAAUAUAUAGUUUUAGGAAAUUUAAAAAUUUUUAAAAAAUGUUAUCAUAUAAUGAAAUCUUGGAUGUGGCAAGAAUUUGAACCCAUUGAAGAACUUUCUUGCUCUUAUGUAUCCGCUAAAAAAUAUAACGAAUACAUUGUAUCAAGUACAAAAUAUCCUAAUGUAUCGGAUGACAGUAGUGAAUAUUCUGAUUCACCAAAUUCCGAAAAAUUUAUACCAAGUAAUGAUAAUAGUAUUAGAGGUGCUGUAUUAAAAAGAAGAAAUCUAAAAAAUUAUGUUUCACCAUUGACUGCGUUUUUCAAAGGAAAUCGCGAAGAUACGCAAACUUCACAGCAAAGUGUAACUCCAAUAAGAAGAACUCUGUGUCAGGCUAAAACUAGAAGUGGAAAUCCAUGUAGAUUAUUAACUUUAAAGAGCCAGAAAUACUGCUUUAAACAUGCUGAUUUAUACAGUGAAUAACUUAACUUAAUAUAUUUGACAUAAAUUAAUAAAACGUUGAUUUAUUACACUUAAUAUAAUUU